UACCAGCCGAGGCCGCUUGGGUGGCGACAACGAGAACCAGAGGGCAGCGACGACGACAAGCAGAGCAGCUGCACCGCCAGCACUAGACAGCAGCCUUGGACUCAAGUAUGGCCAUAAGGACAAAUGAGCAGUGCUGAAGACCCAGCCUGGCUCCUGCUGCUUCAGAAGGACUCCAGCCUCUCAGAACCCUUGUACUGCCCACAGGAUGGGAACCUGGGUGCUCGCCCGGCCAUGAGGGAUGACUGCCCCUCCCAACAAAAGGCCAGCCCUGCACUCCUCAGUCAAACACCUGACCGAAGCCCAGGCAUGGACUCUAGACACAGCAACCCCAGUGGGGCUGGGGAAGGGGCCUCUUGCUCUGAGGGGCCUUCUGGGAGCUCGGCCUGCCCCUCUUCCAUCUGUGUCUCCCCUCAAGAGGCAGCUAGCAAGGAGACACUAGGGGUACAUGGAAUCUCAACCUCAGGGAUACCAGAAACCACCUUGUCUAGGAAACUAGAGCCUGUAUCCUCAGUGAAAAUUGAUCCCAUGUCCUCAGAAGACAGAAAUCCCAUGUUCUCAGAGAUGUAUUCCAAGUCCUCACAGCAAGCCGAUUCCACUUCUGCAGGCAAGGAAGAUUCUGGGUCCUCAAAGAAAACAGAGCCCAUGCUGACAGGAAAGACAGAGCCUGUGAUCUCCGGAAAAGGGGCUCCUAUGGCUCCUAGAAGGAUAGAUCUCAUGACUCCAAGGGAGGGGGAUCCUGGGGAUCUAGGAAAAGUAGAUCCAAUCUGCUCCAGCAAAGUAGAAACUAUGUCACCAAAGAAGGAGGAUCCUGGGUCUUUGAGAAAGAUAGACCCUGUAUCUUCAGGCAACAUGGAUCACACAUCCCCCAGAAAGGAGGAGCCCGAGUGUUCUAGAAAGGAGCACCCUGUGUCCUCAGAAAAGGUGAGCAAUAUACCUUCUGGAAAAGUAGAUCUUUUGUCUUUGGAAAAGAGACAUUCUGGGCCUUCAGAGAAGGUGAAUCCUGUUUCUUUGGAGAGCAUAGAUUCUGUGUCCACAGAAAAGACAGAUCCUGCACUCUUGGGAAAGCCAGCUCUAGGGUCAUCUGGCAAGACAGAGCCUAUGUCCUCUGGAACAGUGGCUCCUAGGUCGUUGGGAAAGGUGGAUCCUACACAUGUGGGGACAACCGACCUUGCACACAUGGGCAAUACAGAAAUUGUGUCCUCUAUAAAAGAGGACCCUCAGUUCCUGGGAAAAAUAGACCUUGGCUCCUCAGGAGAGGGAGGUCCAGUGACUAUGGGAAUGACAAAAACUGUGUCUGCUGGACGGAUGGAUCCUGUGUUUUCAGGAAAGAUGGAUCCCACAUCUGUGAAAAGUGUAGAUCCUGUGUAUUCAAGCAAGAUGGGUCCACUCUCCUUGGGAAAGGCAGAUCCCAUGUCCUCAGGAAAGCAAGAGCCCUUGUCUCCUGGACAGGAACAACGUAUGUCCUUGGGGAAGACAGAAACUAUAUGCUCAGCAAGAGAGGACCUGGUGUCCUCCAGAAGGGUGGAUCCCUCAAUCAUGGAAAGCAUAAAACCAUCACCUUCCAGAGAACAGUGCCCUGAGUCUUUAGGAAAGAUAGACCCUGUGUCCUCAGGACCAGAGGAUCCUAGGUCCCUGGGGUCCUGGGGUCCCACACCAGCAGUAAAAGCUGAGAGGAAAGGAGAUCCACAGUCCUUGGAGAAAGAAGGUCCUACAGCCUUAGGAAAGGCAGAUCCUCCAGUCUCCAGCGCAGUAGAUCCCGUGGCUGGGGAAAAGGUAGCCACUGUCUCCACUGGAGACACGGACGCUGUGUCUUUAGGAAAGGUGGUCCCCACAGCUCCCGGAAAAGCAGCCCUGGAAAAGAUGGAUCCCAUGAACUCAGGAAAGGUAGAAGCUGUCCCAGAGGAAAAGGUGGAUCCUCUCUUUCUAGAGGAGAAUUUUGUGAAUCCCACAAAGAUGGAAACCAGGGCCUUGGGGAGAGUGGAGCAGAAGGCUGAGGGCAAAGCAGAAACAAAAAUCUCUGGGCAUGAGGGUGCCUCCUCAUUGGAAAAAGCAGAGGUAUGGUCUCUGCAGAAGGAGCAGCCACAGGCCUCUGAGGUGAAUAAUGCGACAUCAGGAAGAGCAGAGCUCCUUGGGGCUGCACAGGUGGAGUCUGCAUCCCAGAGAAAGGCUGAUUCUGCAUCUCCGAGAAAAGCAGAGUCUCCGUCCUCGGGAAAGGUGGUCCUUCCGUCCCCAGAAAAGGCCAUGCCUUCCUCUUCCAGGCAACCAGACGGCAAACCCUACACUUCAGCCCAGUUUCCCGGGGCUGGUGGAAGCAGCCGUGUGGAGCCACAGCCCAUGCCCAACACAGAGGCCUCCAUGCUGGGCCAGAAAGAGCUGGGGGCAGCUGUGGCCGACAGAAGCCCUAGAGUGGAGGCUGCAGCUCCUCCACAGGGCCCACGGACUCGUGACAACUUCACCAAGGCGCCAUCGUGGGACGCGAGCGCCCCUCCGCCGCCGCGCGAAGACGCGGGAACACAGGCGGGUUCACAGGCUUGCGUGUCGGUGGCCGUGAGCCCCAUGUCUCCGCAGGAUGGUGCAGGAGGCCCGGCCUUCAGUUUCCAAGCAGCAUCUCGUGCACCCAGCCCCAUGCCCAAGCCACCCUCGCGCCGGGACGCAGGCCUCCAGGUGUCGAUGGGCGCUGCCGAGACGCGCUCGGUGGCCACCGGGCCCAUGACACCACAGUCCGCUGCACCACCCACCGCGCCCCCUGCUUUCCCCGAAGUGCGGGUGCGGCCAGGCUCAGCGCUGGCCGCCGCCUUGGCGCCCCAAGAGGCGGCUGAGCCAGUGCGCGACGUGAGCUGGGACGAGAAGGGCAUGACGUGGGAGGUGUACGGCGCCUCCAUGGAAGUGGAAGUGUUGGGGAUGGCCAUCCAGAAGCAUUUGGAGCGACAGAUUGAGGAGCAUGGCCGCCAAGGGGCACCUGCGCCUCUGCCCGCCCCUCGCGCAGGCCCCGGUCGUGCGGGCUCUGUGCGCACUGCACCCCCAGAUGGCGCUGCCAAACGCCCACCCGGCCUCUUCCGUGCGCUGCUGCAGAGUGUGCGCCGGCCGCGGUGCUGCUCGCGGGCAGGACCCACAGCCGAAUGA